GCCGAGACCACGCUGAUUGACUUCACUGCAAUGGGCCAAGUUCUGACUCACUUGGGGCGGCCAAAAUAUAUGGAUGACCCACACAGAAAAGUCCGCACGCAGCUUUGCGAUGGACCAGAGCUUGUGACUUCAAGGUUAUCCGGAUACGGUCAAGGUCUCCUGACUUUGACAUACAACGCCGGAGCAGCCAAGCUACGUACCCCAACUGAGACCACAUUGGGCACAGAGGCUUCCUGGAGCAGCCAGAGAGAACCACGCAAGAGAGCCAAUCAUCGGUGGCAGUUACCAAGAUCGAAUUGCUGCUGCGGCAGUAAAUGUCGAAGAUGAGAUCAGCUAGUCGCCAUCUCCGCUCCGAAAGAAUUCACCGUCUUUUCAGACACACCGUUGCGAUACCUGAUUGUCAUUGAUACUGCCUUUCAAGAGCACGGUCGAAGUGGGUAGCGGCCAGUGAAUCAGCAGAUGACUACAACCAGAGCUCAGGAAUACUUGCAUUGGUACUCAGCAACUGGACCAGAUGCGCGAUGGAACAAUGUUUCCACGCGAUAGAAAAGUGAUCCGAACCACCAGCGACCUGGACGGUCGACUGACACAACUAGACAUACGCAUGCCCAGGGGGAAGGCCAGGGACGAUACUGGACCGAGAUGUAGUGAUGUAUGCAAUGGUCUCCAUGAUACCGACGCGCGAGAUCGAACUUGGUACAAUGAGCCAGUGUGAUUCAGACACAUUCGAUUCUGCGUCGGUCCUCAUCCACCCAGUGACUGCGAUUCGGAAGUGUCUGUGGUUUUGAGGUGCGUGCGGCAAUCCGAUAGACACAGGUUUGAAAGCUAGCACUGAGCAGAUAGUGACUGGAGAAGACGAUAGACUCCCAUUGACCGAUUUGAUGAUACAUCUUCGCCAGCUCUUCCUCGAUACUAGAUCAACGACACGCAUGGAGGGAAUCCACAAGCAAGAUCUUUGACUGGAGUAUGAGGGUGAGGGACCCGGGAUUAUCGUUUCUGAUAGCGCGAAGCAGCAUCCCGGGUCGUGAUCUAUGGAUGCCAGAGGUGUUCAAGAGUAUCAGGGCGGCGUGCUUGAUGAUAUGCGGUCGCGGUGUCUUCAUCUGCAUUGGCACUAAGACGGACGACGGGGUUCGCAAGUGAGAGAAUUGGACAAUACGACGGGAAUAUCUUGUCAGUGAUCAAUAAGCAUCAGCAGGAGACCACUGCAAUCGUCACACCAAGAAUCGCUGCGAGCAGUCGAUGCGCGGACAGACAGACAAGCCCCUCUCGUUGCACAAGACAUCCCUGUUUCAUUCGAUAGGACAUCCGACUGGAACAUUCGCGCAUGAAGAGCUCCGAGAACGAAGAAGUCUUGGAUUAAUGCGCCAGCCAGAGAGCUAAGGAGCCAGUUAUGCGCGUGUGGCUUGGAGCUCGUGCUUUGCGUGCAUCCAAUGAAAGUCCAUGGCGAAUAUCUGCCUCAACCCAGCUUCCUUUGGUCUGCUGCUACCGGUGAAGGGAAGACGGCGGG